GUGUCCCAAGAGUCCUUUAAAGAUAGCCUCAGAGUCCCAUAGAAAUUUAAGACCAAACAUCCUCUCUACUUGUCCCAGCAACUGAAAUUAGCAACAUGAAGUACAUCAUCCUGGUGGCCCUGGUGAUGCAAGUCUGGGCUCAUCCCCCAGGUAAAAAUGACAAUCGGGCGCCGAAGAAAGAACCUCCACGUGGAGUUAAACCUCCCGAAGCUGCGAAUCAUGUCCACCCUUCUAUUCCACCUUCUGGAUCUGGAUUCCAUUCCCAUUUGCCUCUCAAUGUCACAGGAAUCCCCCAACACCAUAACUCAUCUCAUCCUCCCCAUCUUAUAAAUAGUACAGAUCGGCCUUUUCAUAAAGGUUUACCUAAGAAACCCGAAGGUGGUCACCAUAGACCCAUUAGAGCAUUAGGAGUUGCUGGCAAACCUAAACCAAACCCCCCUAAAGUAGGCACCCCCCCUCCCCAUCAACCAGAGGGUAAGCCCCAUCCUGCCGGGAUAGGUCCCAAUGCUACUGUCAAGCCCUUUAGUGAAAGACCAGAUAAGCUGAACAACAAGACCGGAGAAAAGCCCAGGCCAAAGAGAGACGUUCACCAGAAAGACAGUUCUGAAUUUGAUCCCACUGGUCAACCCCACUCUGCAGAGGAUAGUAAUGAAAGCAGACCCCCAAAGCCAUCGCUGCCCCCACCUGGUACAAAGGGCGCCAAGUCUUUAGGAAAGGGACCCAAGGACAAUCAUGGACCACCCCAAGGGAAAAGGCCACACUAAACCAAAUGAUCUGGGAGAAAUUUACAGAAUUGUCUUAUGAUGUCUGUGGUACCGAAUCGUCCCCAUUACAAUUAAUGUUACAGUAAAAUAAAGAAUUCAAAUAAAUCUGCUUUACAAUUUAA